UUUGAUUAAUAGCAAUAAAAUGCUAACACAAACGCUGAAGAAAACUAAAUAGACAGCUAGUGCAGGAAGGAGAGCGCAUAGAGGAGGAGGUGCAAUGGCGAGCCCCAUGCACGCGCGCAGGGCGAAGCUCAGGAGCCACCUCGUCUCCGCCAAGGCCAAGCUCAAGCACCACCUCACCCCUCGCCGCCUCCUCCUCCUCUCCGCUGCCUCCGCCUCCGCCUUCCUCCUCCUCCUCAUCCUCCGCACGCUCUCCGCCGCUGCCUCGGCUCCCGUCGUCGUCCACGGCGCACAGCAGCAGCAGCAUCGUCAUCAGCCGGCGCGGGAGGAGUGUGAUCAGGGGGUCCCGGCGGACGUCGCCGAGGCGCUGGUCCACUACGCGGCGUCGAACGCGACGGCGUGGCGGCGGACGGCGCCGGAGGAGGUGGCGGCGGCGGCGCGGGUGCUGUCGCGGCGCGCGCCGUGCAACCUCCUGGUGUUCGGGCUCGGCCGCGGCGCCGUGCUGUGGGCGGCGCUCAACCACGGCGGCCGCACGGUGUUCCUCGAGGAGGACGACGCGCUGGUCUCCGGCGUCGCCGCGGGCCUCCCGGGCGGGAGCAGCAGCCCCGCCCUGGCGCUCGAGGCCUACCGCGUGGCCUACCUCGCCAGCGCCGCGGACGCCGACGAGCUCCUCGCCCUCCGCGACACCCCGGACUGCACCGGCGCCACCCAGCAGCCGCUGCCGGGCCCGCUCUCGCCUGGCCACUUCGACCGCUCGCCCUGCAAGCUCGCCGUGCGCGGCCUCCCCGCGGCGUUCUACGAGGCGGAGUGGGACGUGAUCUUGGUCGACGCGCCGACGGAGGCGCCGGCGCCGGCGCCGGGGAUGAUGGGCGCUAUAUACACCGCCGCCAUCGCCGCGCGGGCGCGCACCGGCGGCGAGGCGACGGACGUGGUGGUGCACGACGUGGACCAGCCGGUGCAGGACAGGUUCUCGACGGCGUUCCUGUGCGGCGGCUACAUCAAGGAGGAGGUUGGCAAGCUCAGGCACUUCGCCAUCCCAAGCAGCAAGGAAGGCAUGCCAUUUUGCCCUUGAAAAAUAUACAGUAUUUCAUUUAAUAACCAAUAUGCAUAUUAUUAACAUACUAGUAAUAAUAUACUUAUUUAUUUAUGUUAGAGGAAACAGUAACAUGUGUAGAAUAUUUCUUUUAUUCUUUUUUUUGGGGGGGGGGGGGGGGGUUAAUAUGAGAGCAGCAUUUGUGCCAUGUCACAGGAUGAACAUACCCUGUACCGUACCCUCUUGUGAAUUUCGGAAUUUCAAAUUCACUGUCAAAUUUUAAUUGA